UGAGGAUGUUGGGGGGCUGGCUAUGGAAGCCAAAGUUGCUGUUGCGUAAAUAGCUUUUGUGGUGGCAUGCAUAGUUGUGAUUGCUGAAUCAGUUGUUGAAACUGGUGCAAUACUUGAGGAUGUUGAAACAGUAUUUGUGAAAGCCAAAGUUGUAGUUGCAUCAAUAGUUGUUAUGGUGUCAGGUAUAGUUGUGGUUGCUGCAUCAGUUGUUGACGUUGGUGCUAUAAUUGAGGAUUUUGGAGGGGUGAUUGUAGAAGCCAAAAUUGUUGCAUCAAUAGUUGUUGUGGUGUCAGGCAUAGUUGUGGUUGCUGCAUCAGAUGUUGAUGCUGGAGGGGUGGUUGUGGAAGUCAAAGUUGUUGUUGCAUCAAUCUUUGUUGUGGUGUCAGGCAUAGUUGUGGUUGCUGCAUCAGUUGUUGAAAUUGGAGAUGUGGUUGUGAAAGCCAAAGUUGUUGUUACAUCCGAAUUUUUUGUGGUGUCAGACAGAGUUGUUGUUUCUGCAUCAGUUGUUGUUGUUGACAUUUUUGCCACAGUUGAAGAUGUUGAAAGUGUGGUUGUGGUAGCUAAAGUUGUUGUUGCAUCAAUAGUUGUUGAAAUGACAGGCAUAGUUGAUGUAAUUCCGUCAUUUGUCAAUGUUAGUACUGUAGCUGAGGAUGUUGGAGGUGUGGUUGUGGAAUCCAAAGUUGCUGUUGCAUCAGUAGUUGUUCUGGUGUCAGACAGAGUUGUAGUUGCUGCAUCAGAUAUUGCUGCCAUUGGUGCCACAGUUGAGGCUAGUUGUGGUUGA